AUGCCACCGGAUCGGGGUCGUGCCUCCCGAGCAUGCGCCUCAUGCAGAAAACAAAAGACUAGAUGCUAUGAGGCCGGAAUUCCUGGACGAGCAUGCAUGAGAUGCGAUCGACUUCACCAGAGUUGCUCCCUCGUCCAAACUGUUGUCUCGGACGAGGAAUCAAUAGCCCCCGCACCGGGCACGGAUGCUCGUUUGGAACGUCUUGAAAAGACUGUGGCUACUCUGCUCGAUCGGCUUGGAGAAGGCCCAGCAAAAUCUCCAAGUCAAGAGCAAAGUAGGCCCACCACCGAGCAGACGAGCCCGGUGACUGGCGGUGCGUACAAGGAUACGGAAUCUUCCGCGGCUCCGAUUAUGGUCAUCCGCGAUCUGGCAACGGACAGCGGUAUCAAACCAAUGUCCGAUACCAAAUCCCUGGGUGCGGCAUUAGAUGACCUUAUUCCGCCCGAUCUUGCACUUGCACUAAUCACAAUUUUUCUUGAACAUUACGGUCGAUGGGUUCUGUUCAAUCCUCAGUGCGACCCAAGCGAGCUUCUCCGCCGAGUGAAAAAAUCGAGCUUGCUAUUUUGCGCUUGUUCUCUGAUCGCCGUGCGGCACACUUCUGAGGAAUUGGCUGCAAGCCUUGCUCCAAAGUUGUAUGAGUAUGCCCGCUCUCUUGUUUCUACCACUCUUCUAGUUGCCCCACAGCCUAUUGAGUUCUUCCAGGCGACUCUGAUCCUGUCUAUGUGGUCGACGACUGUCGGACAGGUGCCUUUAAGUAUUGAUAGCUGGCUUUUGAGCGGAUUCGCUCUACAGCACUCCCAUUCGAGUCCGCUGUUCACUGAUGUUACAACUCAAUCUCAUCCUCCAAAUAAAUUGGACGAGGAAACCAUGGAUAAUUGCUAUCUGUGGAAUCAUCUCUGUCUUGCUCACAUACAUUAUUGUGUUGGGACCAGCCGUCGAUCUAUGCUACAACCCUGGCAAAUUGAGCGAUGUCGCGCUAUCAUCGUUUCAGAUCAUGCGAUCAAUUUUGAAGUGCGCAUGGUAGCCGAGAUUUACCUUUACUGGACUGUAUAUGAACACCUCAUUCAGGAGUCGGUCGAUUUGCUGAAAUCGGUGGCAGCUUUGCAGACCUGGCGACGAAAAUGGGAAUUGGUUCUUGAGCAACCGAGGUCUCAGUUUCUCUCAAUGGGCUUCCAUUUCUGCCAUCUGCUUCUCUACGAGCAUGCCCUGAAAACCAAGUCUUCCCGAGCUAGAGAAUCAGUCGUAUCAGAAAUGAUUCGCCAUUCCACGGCAAUUGUGCAAUUAGCCAUGAAUACAGUAGAUGAACGCACCCGCCAUUUGACCGAUCACAUCUACCAUAUGAUCACAUUUGCGGCAAUUAUCGUCUGCCGCUUGCUAAAUGCCUACCAAGAACAGGUUGCCUCGACUCACAACGUCGAUGAGCUCGAAUUGCUUGUACGUGACUUAGUGCAGUGGCUGUACUCCAUUGGAUUGCCAUGCCAUGCAGCGCAUACUUUAGGAAAUAUCGUCGCGAAGGUGCAUCAGAAAUUACGACCGCACGUCGAGCUACCACCAGCAAAUCCGCAACCAUACGAGCUACUUGGCGAACUCAAUAAUCACUAUUUUCCAGAAUUUCUUGGAUUGGGAAUGUCAGCUGAUGGGAAUUGGGAUCUUCUGUCCAAUAUGGGCCUCUUUCCGCAGAGUCCAUCUCUUCCAGAGAGGCCUGACUGA